GUACACAAUAUUUCAGUUUUUAUAUUACAGUAUUCCAAGCGAUUGAAAUUUGAUAAUAAUAAGAUAAUCAAAAUGUUUCGCACUCGAUGUUUGGUGUUGAUUAUUUUCGUGAUGACUGGAGAGCAUCGUAGUCACGGUGAAGUAGCAAAGCACCAAGAAGAUGAAGUCCGCUUAGCAAUACAAUCCACCGAUGAAUCGUCAAUGCCAGGUGAAUACAACACCAAUGAAAAGAACACAUUGAAAUCUAGUGACAUCAAUGUGAAUGCAGAAUCGCUGGCUGGACAUUCUGCGAAAGAAUUGCCUGCAGUCGGUCGAAGCUCAAUUAUUGGAACAGCAUCAGCUGCCAAUGUUACAUGCGGACAGCCCACAAUGAAGAGUAACAUUAGUGCACUAGUGGAUGGACAGCCAAUCAAAACUGUGAUUGAGAAAUGGCCAUGGCAGGCAUCAAUUUGGAGAUUUUACAGCAGAGAUGGAUCAUGGCGGCAUUGGUGUACAGGGGCAUUGAUAGGGAAGCAAUGGGUAUUGACUGUGGCCCAGUGCUAUGAUGAACAAUUAUCAUCAGGGACGCUGGUGUCUUUUGGCAAAACGAAUUUACUCGAGGCAAACAACGGGUUGAUUGCUGCUGGAACGGUGCUUUGCCAUUCAGGUUACAAUAAAGCAACUCGUGAAAAUGAUAUUUGCCUUAUUAAAUUGGCAAAAGAGGUCACCUACAGUGAAAGUAUAAUGCCAGCAUGCCUUCCAAAUCAAUCUGAUCGCUCAAUUGUCGGAGAAGACUGCGUGAUUACGGGUUGGAACAGAAUCACUACUACCGUGCAUACUUUGCAUGAAGCAAAAGUGGAAAUACUUCAAAAAGAACGCUGUUCUACACUACUGGGUGACAAAAAAGACUUACCAAGCAGUCACAUCUGUGCAGGGCAUGAUAAUCAAAUUACUGGACCUUGUCUCUGGAUGAUAGGAGAUCCCUUGGUGUGUAAUGGGUCUGUAAGGAAUAUGUCAUCUUACACAUUGAUGGGGCUUACAAGCCUUAAUGUAUCCGGGUGCGAUUCCAGCACAAACAGACCGGGUGGAUUCACCGAUGUUACAAAAUACUACACUUGGAUAAACACAACGAUGAAAAACUCACCAGAUUCGUUUACCUGUUUUGAUGCAUCUACGAUACUUCCGUGCGGAAGUGAAAUUAAUACAAAUGGCACAAUUGUUAGAUCACCUGUAACUAGUACAUCAGCAUGGAUUUAUCCAAAAAGCACUACCUGCUCGUGGAACAUUACAGCACCUGUCGCUCAUAAGAUAAAAUUCGAGUUUUUGUGUUUGAGCACCGAGACUGCAUCAACAAGCAACGGCUGUGACGAUGAUUAUGUUCGCAUAGAAAAAGGCGAAGGAGGAAGACACACGUACUGUUCUUCGUUCAAUUCCGUAAAGGAAUAUGUGACAAAAAGCAACAAAGCAUCAUUGAUAUUUCACUCGGACGAUGAUGAUCUAACUGCACAAGGAUUUACUGCAAAAGUGACAUUCAUUCCGCCCACUGCGCAAGAACUAUCAACAUGCUUCAAUGAAACAGCAAUACAUGAAUGUGGAACAGUCAUUACUAAAAAUAAUACUCUCAUUAGAUCACCUAUUGGUGACAAUACUACAUGGUAUUAUCCAUCCGGAAUAGAUUGCGAAUGGGAUGUUCAAGCACCUAAAGGGCAUAUAAUAACUUUCGAAUUUCUUUGUGAUUUCAACACGUACAACGAACAGAGCGAUUUAUGCAAUAAGGACUACCUGAACAUAAAGCCACUCGGAUAUACGACAGGUAGAACCUACUGCGGACCGCACGAAAUUAUUAAUCCAUAUGAAACAAGGGGCAACAGUGCCAAAGUGAAGUUUCAUUCCGAACUGAACACCAAAGAGAGCACCGGAUUUGUAGUCAAGGCAAUUUUUGUGAAACCGAGUGGGAAAUUUGUUAUCUCUCAAGAUCGUUGCUAUAAUCAAUCCGACAUUCGCCAAUGUGGGGAAUACAUCAGAGAAAACAACACUGUUAUUCGAUCGCCAGUCGUUGAUACGAGUACCUGGCUUUAUCCCCCAAAUACCGACUGUUCAUGGAACGUUCAAGCACCCAAGGGAUGUAACAUUACAUUUCACUUCGAAUGCUUUUUACAUUUGUACAGUCGUUCUUUCUCAACAUCUUGUGCUGACUACUUGUUGAUAAAAUCACCUAAAGUCAUCAGAGGUCAAAAAUAUUGUGGAGAAUUUUCUUACCAAAAGCCUUACUCUGUCCCUGGUAACACUGCUACUCUAGAAUUUCAUUCGGAACGGAACAGCAAGGGUGCGAGAGGAUUUGUGAUUCAGACAGUGUUCACGUGUGGUGGGGUCUCUUAUUUCAGCAGUGUAAAAUUGAUUUCAACUCUGUUUCUGAUCUCCCUGUAUUUUACAAAAUAGAAAAUAUCUUAUUUGCUGUCUCCUAUGUUUGGUAAUUAAAACAGAAAAGAAGCGUGUCCAAAAGUUCACUUUGCACAACUAAUUGUAUUAACAGUGAAAGUAACGAAGUAUCAUUAUAUUUAAUGAUUUUAAUUUUUUGUAGUUAUUUUGAUCAUAUAUAUAUAUACAUACCGCUUGGAAUUAGAAUUAAUUAAAAAAUAGUAUUUUCAUGUCCUUUAUACUGGUAAAUGUCACCCAUGGACUCUUUGUGCACAACAUAAGCAUGAAUUCCUAAUUAAUAUCCUGUGGCUGUAUGCAACCCCCUCAUAAUUGUAAUCGAUUAUUUAAAUUUGAAUAAAAGUGUUAAUUAAUUUUGACCACCUAUGUAAAUCUACAAACGCGAUGAUUUGAAAUAAAUUCAAAAAAUAAGUAAGUUUCUCGUUACCAUGUCAGCCCUCAUUCCAACCAGUUUCAUAAACUUAUACUCAUUAUAAAAUUAAAUUCUUAGCAAACACUUUCAAUAGAUUUGGUUUCAUAUAUACUCACUUCUACCAAGUUUUGUAAGUUGUUGUGUUAAUUUUUUUUGUAUUGCAAAUUAUUUUGCAACACUUGUAUAACGUUUUCCGGACCCCCUGAAGUAUGCGCACCAAGAAGGCGCACAACCUGAAAUCAGGUUGUGUAUCAGGUUAGGGUUCAGGUUAUGCGACAUCUUGGUGCGCAUACUUCAGGAGUACUCGUUUUCCUAUAUGAUUUAAAUAGUGAUUGGCAAGAUUAUAUUCAUUUCAUGCUGAUACCUUCAGUUUAAUGUAUACAUCGACAAAGAAUACAAUAUUAAUCGAA